UGCUUUCCCUCUCUCACUCCCUCGAAGCUAACCGAAUUCACCGAAAAUGGAUUAAUCCUCCUCCAAAAUAUGUCCCCAGGCACAAUGACAAAACGAUGAGAUCUCUCAUGAAGAUGUUUCCACAAUCAGGGAAAUCGAUUAUCUUCGACACAUUUCCUGAUCCGACAGAUACCUGGGAGAUCAUCGAGACCAUCGGGAAAGGGACUUAUGGCAAAGUCUACAAAGUCCUCAACAAGAUCGAUGGCAGCAAAGCGGCUGUCAAGAUCCUGGACCCCAUCCAUGAUAUCGAUGAGGAGAUUGAAGCAGAAUACAAUAUCCUCAAGGCUCUCUCUGACCACUCCAAUGUGGUUAAAUUCUUUGGGAUGUACUACCAGAAGGAUGUCAAAAACGGGGACCAGUUGUGGCUAGUUCUUGAGCUCUGCAAUGGAGGUUCGGUGACAGACCUGGCCAAAGGCAUGCUGAAGAGAGGGGACAGAAUGGAUGAGGCGAUCAUUGCCUAUAUCAUACACGAGGCCCUCACGGGUCUCCAUCACCUGCACAUCAACAAAACCAUCCACCGGGAUGUCAAAGGCAACAACAUCCUACUGACCACACAAGGAGGGGUGAAGCUGGUGGACUUUGGUGUUUCGGCCCAGUUGACGAACACUCGUCUUCGUAGGAACACCUCAGUGGGAACACCUUUCUGGAUGGCGCCAGAGGUUAUAGCGUGUGAGCAGCAGUUGGACUCCACGUAUGACGCUCGCUGUGACGUCUGGUCCCUAGGCAUUACUGCCAUAGAGCUGGGAGAUGGAGACCCGCCCCUCUCCGACCUCCAUCCAAUGAGAGCUCUCUUCAAAAUCCCCAGAAACCCUCCCCCUACCCUGUACCAGCCGGAGCUGUGGUCGGACCACUUUAACGACUUCAUCUGCAAAUGUCUGAUCAAGGACUUUGAGCUGAGGCCUAAUGUUCUAGACCUGCUCCAGCAUGUGUUCAUCAAACAGAUUGUAGGCCGAGAGAGGAUCCUGCAGAAACAGCUGAUGGAACUCAUAGACCUCAACCAGCAGAUAGGAACCACUGGGAAGACAAGGCAUGAGCGCAUCCACACCAAGAAAGGUGGUCAAAUGAUGUCAUCAAGCCCCACCCCCGACGAAGUGGAUGACCUUGCCACCCUGGAAGUACUUGAUGAGAAUUCAGUCACAGAGCAGCUUCAGAGGCGCUAUGCCAAGGACCAGAUCUAUACCUACGUUGGAGACAUCCUCAUUGCAGUUAACCCGUUUCACAAGAUGGAGCUGUAUAGCCCACAGUACACAAAGAUGUACAUAGGAGCGAAACGCACCGCGAACCCGCCACACAUCUUUGCUGUUGCUGACAUAGCCUACCAGUCCAUGGUGUCAUACAACGCAGACCAGUGCAUUGUUAUCAGUGGAGAGAGCGGUGCAGGAAAGACAGAGAGCGCCCAUCUAUUGGUCGAGCAGCUCACAGUGCUUGGAAAGGCCAAUAAUCGCUCACUCCAAGAGAAGAUCCUAUUGGUCAAUAACUUGGUGGAGGCUUUUGGGAACGCAUGCACCGCCAUCAACGACAACUCCAGCCGCUUCGGGAAAUACCUGGAGAUGAAGUUUACCUGCGGGGGGACCGUUGUCGGAGCGCAAAUCUCCGAAUACCUCCUGGAGAAAUCCCGCGUCGUACAUCAGGCCACAGGUGAGAAGAACUUCCACAUAUUCUACUACAUCUACGCUGGUUUAGCUGAGCGGAAGAAACUUGCCCACUACAAGCUAUCAGACAGCAAAACCCCAAAAUAUCUGUUCAACGAGCACAUUAAAUUGGGCCCUGACAUAGUGAACAACACCUUCUACAAGGAGCAGUUUGACGCGGUGGAACAGUGUUUCAAAGUCAUCGGCUUUACCCUGGAGGAGCUGGGCAGUGUGUACAGUACUCUGGCUGCUAUCCUAAACUCAGGCGACAUUGAGUUUGCCUCUGUGGCCUCCGAGCACCAAACCGACAAAAGCAACAUCUCCAACAUAGCAGUUCUGGAGAAUGCGGCGUCGCUGCUGUGUAUCCGUCCAGACGAGCUCCAGGAGGCCCUGACGUCCCACUGCGUAGUGGCCCGGGGCGAGACCAUCGUCAGGCCCAACACGGUGGAGAAGGCCACGGAGGUGAGGGACGCCAUGGGCAAGGCCCUAUACGGCAGGCUCUUCAGCUGGAUCGUCAACCGCAUCAACACCCUGCUCCGACCCGACACACACCUAGGAGAGGACGACAAGGGCCUGAACAUUGGCAUCCUGGACAUCUUUGGCUUUGAGAACUUCAAGAGGAACUCGUUUGAGCAGCUCUGCAUCAACAUCGCCAACGAACAGAUCCAGUUCUACUUCAACCAACACAUAUUCGCCUGGGAGCAGGACGAGUACCUGAAUGAGGAUGUGGACGCCAGGGUGAUUGAGUAUGAGGACAACCGUCCUCUCCUGGACCUGUUCCUGCAGAAGCCCAUGGGCAUGCUGUCACUGCUGGACGAGGAGAGUCGUUUUCCCCAAGCCACCGACCAGACCCUUGUAGAGAAGUUUGAAGACAACCUGAAAUCCAAAAACUUUUGGAGACCAAAAAGGGUGGACCUUGGCUUUGGAAUUCAUCACUAUGCUGGAAAGGUGAUCUACAACGCUGCAGGCUUCCUCUCUAAGAACAGAGAUACACUACCGGCAGAUAUUGUUCUUCUGCUGAGGUCGUCAGAAAAUCAGCUGAUUCGCAAACUGGUCACCCACCCGCUCACCAAAACAGGUAAUUUGGCCCACACAAAGGGUAAAGGGAUGAACACACUCAUGAGCAUGCCUCGCACCCCAGCACACCCUCACCGCACCAUGAACUUUGCCAAGGGUGAUACUGGAACUGGAGAGACCACCCACCAUCCUAGAGAGUCCACCAACAUGAGAACACAGACAGUAGCCUCCUACUUCAGAUAUUCCCUAAUGGACCUGCUGUCCAAGAUGGUGGCGGGACAGCCCCACUUUGUGCGCUGCAUCAAGCCCAACAAUGACCGGCAGGCCAGUAAGUUUGACCGGGAGAAGGUGCUGGUGCAGCUGCGUUACACGGGUGUCCUGGAGACAGCUAAGAUCCGCCGGCAGGGCUACUCUCACCGYAUCCUCUACACCAACUUCGUCAACAGGUACUACAUACUGGCUUUCCAUGCGCACAAGGAGCCGGAUGCGAGCCCAGAGACUUGUGCAGCUAUAUUGGAAAAAACCAAACURGAAAAUUGGGUCCUGGGCAAAACGAAAGUGUUUCUGAAGUACUACCAUGUGGAGACCCUCAACCUGAUGGUGAGGCAGACCACAGACCGCAUCGUUCUGGUCCAGGCCUACGUCCGGGGCUGGCUGGGGGCCAAACGUUAYCGCAAAAUACUGGAGAAGAGAGCACAGAGCGCUGUGGCCAUACAAUCAGCGUACAGAGGACAUAAAGUACGGAGGAGAUGUGCUGAUGAUAAAUUAAGCAAAGCCAAGUUUGAGACCUUCAUCACCCAGUUACAGGCUGUUUGCCGAGGUUACCUCGCCAAGAGGAAGUACAAGGAGCUGGUGGAGGAAAAAAACAAAGCAGCAGCUAAGAUUCAGGCCCAUUACAGAGGACACAGGGAGAGGAAGAGUUUCAAAAAGAAAAGGGAGGCCAUUGAGAAAGACAGGAUAGAGAAAGAGAGGAUCGAAGCUGCCAAACUGGAGGAGGAAGAGAUGGCCAAAUCUGCCGUGGUCCUCCAGAGUAAUUACAGGGGCUACAAGGAGAGAAAGAAACUCAGGGAGCGCCACAAGACACUGUCCGGAGACGAGUUGAGACUAAGGUCACCCUCACCUGUAGAGGUGGAGCCUGCUAUUAUGGAGGAGGAUGAAGAGGAGGAKCAGGAGUUUGCAGUGGAAAAGGAAGAGGGGAAUGGGUUGACCGAAGUUGCRGAGGAGGAGGAAGAGGAUGAAGACACGGCCAAGGCGGAAGAGGAUGACGACGAUGAGCACACAGAAGUGGGUGAAGAGCUGGUGGACGAGGAAGACACAGAAAUUGACGAGCAACAGAAUGCAGAGCGAGCAGAAGGGGAGGAGGUUAACCCGGAACAGGAAGCUAAGGCAGCUACAGUUCUCCARAGCAACUUCAGGGGCCACAAAGAGAGGAAGAGGCUGGUUGAAGAAGGCAAGAUCCCAGCAAGGAAACAGAGAGUGAUGAGCCCAACUGAAGACGAGACCRCAAAGGUAGAAGGUAUGUCAAAACCAGCAGGAAGGACAAAGGUUCCAGAGACAGCAGCCGUGUCUGCAGGUGUGGAAGAGAAGGAGGAAGUAGAUGAGGCCAAGGCAGCUACGGUCAUCCAAAGUAACUUCCGUGGCCACAAGGAGCGCAAACGCCUGCAGGAGGAAGGAAAAAUUCCCAAGAAAAAUAAGGCGAAAGAGGCCAAAGAACAACCCAAACAAGAACUUGUCCAGCCACAGGAGCCAACGCUAGAAUCCCAACCAGAGCCGUCCACCGCAAGCCAGUCGGAGCCAGACGAGGAAAAAGCUGCCACCGUUCUGCAGAGCAAUUUCAGAGGACACCGGGAUAGAAAGAAAUUCAAGGAGGAGAGAGAACGGGUCAAAAGGAGCAAGGAGGAACCCAUGGUUGAGGAACAGGAGGAAGGGUUGAAGGUUGAGGACAGGGUUGUGGACCUCACCGAUGUAGAGCUGGUUCGCAUAGAGGAGACAGAGUCUCAGGGAGGGGAUAGGUAUGACGAGGAGCAGGCAGCGGUGAAGAUCCAGAGCCAGUUCAGGGGCUACAAGGACAGGAAGAACCUGAAGGCCACCAAGGCCACAGCCCAGAGAGAUACGGAGGAACUGGAGGUCUUUUCUGAAGAGGUCACUAAGUAUUCCCAGAACUACAUGAGCCUCCAGCAGAAGCUGAACGAGAUCAUCCUGGCCCACCAGAUAAACCCAGCCAAUAACGGCAUGUUUGUCAAAGGGCAGGCAGUCAAUGGCUUUGCUGCCAACCAUCAGCAAUCAGUCGAUCUGAAAGUGUGUCGGACGCCUCGCAGAACCCAGCAGCCAAAGACGCUCAACACCCCUGAGGACUCUACGUACUACAACCUCAUCCAUAGGUCUGUCCAGGAUGACAAACGCAGGCCACGGAAACAAGGUCCUGGGAAGCUGCUGGAUGUAGAUGACCAGUACUACCAGGGCCUCCCCACCAGUAAGUCCACCGGCGCCAUAGCCGGAGACCGACGCACCUCUCUCACCAGACGAGCAUCUCUCGAGAGGAGGCAGUCUAUCGAACAGAGGCGCUCUAUAGAGAGGAGACAGUCUUCUGCGAGGAGACAGUCUUCUGACAGGAGGCAGUCUACAGCUGCAGAAAGAAGUCCACAGACAAGAAGAGAGUCUGCAGCCGCUGACAGGAGGCAGUCUACCGACCAAAGACAGACUGCAGGUGCAGACAGAAGUCCACAGACCAAAAGACAAACUCCAGACAGGAGACAAUCUAGAGAGAGGGCAGUCUCCGAGCCAGCAGAUAAAAGGCACUCCGUUCCCAGACUGCCCUCUGCAGAGGGCCAGGACGACAACCCUUAUGACUACAGAAAACUCCUGCGAAAGACCUCCCAGAGAAGAAGGCUCAUCAAACAGUACAGAGACUGAGCAGUGCCCUUCUCAAUGGCAUACUCCAUUUAAAGCAAUUUGGCAUAACACCUCCCUGUAUGUGACACUGCCAGAAGCAUGCCAUAACAUCUGUCAUAAUGCGACAUGAUAGUUCAUUAAUGUUGACUUUUGUUAACAUCUGACAAAAACCCUAUUUGAAUGUCUAAUGAGUUUGGUUCUACGAUAGUGUUGUCUCAGCUGUUAUAAACUAACAUUGGUUUUCAUAAAAUGUCAUGACAGCUGGUAUGUUUUGCUUAUGGCAUUGUUAUGAAGGUGUUGCGUCAAGCCACUUCCCUGACGCAGAUGGCGUCACGAACAGGUUAACUUUGUCAGUCUGUAAAUACUUUUGUCAGCCGACUCAGCCUCUUCUAAGAAGCAGAUUUGUUGUAUCUACUUUAAACAAUGCUGGUAAGCUUCCUUCGCUUCUUAGUGUGAGCUGAUAAUGUGUUCUUUAUCCUUCAAAAUGUAUAUGAAAGGAAUUGAAUGUCAAAAGAGAUAGAAAAUAGAAAUGGAGUGGUAUAUGGUGCAAGCCAUGAAGGCUCUAGCUCUAGGAUCUUUUUCAGUGUAUUGUGAUCGAUUUAAAAUAGGGUUAUUACUAUUUAUGUUAAUUAAAAUAAAGUUGGAACCAAAAUGUGGUCCUAUGUAAUUUAUGGUGAUGCGCAGUGGGUGAUCAAACAAGGGUUCGUGGUCAUCAUUGGCUGUAGACAGUUUACUUUCCUGAAAUUCACUGCAUUGGCACUACCACGGUCUUUAGUGUAUGGUUUGUGAUGUACAGUAUGUGGAUAUGAAUGCUUCUUUGCUGCUUGAAUUGUCAAUAUUAUCAACUCAAACAUCAUUUUAUUACUGUUGUGAAGUGUAAAUAUACAAAAGCAAUACAGGUACAUGCAAAAGGUCAACGCUAAUUUGAAUACAUAAAUUGACUACUAGACCAUAGUGUAUGUCGUAACAUCAGACCAAAUGUAAUGUCAUAUUGGUUUUUAACUCAAUAACGGCACGAUUUAAGGUUGCAGUGAUCUGUCUUUCAAUUGCAAUGUGUGUUAUUACAGUUGAUUACCAACCA